AUGAGAGGAGUGAAUUCUACACAUCAGAAAUUGAUUGGGGUGAUGAGUCAAGCCAAGACUGUUGGGACGAAGGUGAUGAAUGAGACCAAAACAAUUGGGGAGAAAAACCAUAGCAUAAAAUCGUGGAGCCAAAACCCCCUGAUCAGUUCGCAAGGAACUAUGAAGGCUAUGAAGAACAAGACCAUGAAGGUGAAUUAUGGUGUGAAGAGACUGAUUUUCAAAUCAGUUUAA